AGCGCAUGAUGCUAACAGCGCUAACGAAUUUACACUAACUGUCCGUCUAUUAACUGUAGCGUCUGGCAAGAAUUAAAAAAUGAUUAUAAUUUUAACUGCUUUUCAUUUUUACUGUAACUGUAAUAGAACAUAGACUGGCCAUCAUAAUAAUGUGUUGUCAUGACUACAGUCUGUGAAGGGGAGGGGCUUCCACUGAGUACAGUAUCCUGACAUGCCUGUAAUGUUUAAUAUUGCUAUAGUUUGUAAAAUUAUCUUUAUUUGUUUAGUGCUUUAUGGAAUAGAUUGUCAAAUCUUUAUUUUUAUUAAAGCAGACACAUCAAAUGAUGGCUGAAGUGAAAAGGAGAAGGAGAAAACUGAAGCCAGUUGAUGAGGCCAUACAGUUUUCACUACUACAGAAAGACAAAUCUGGUCUUGAAGGAAGAUUCAUCAAUGAUUUUAAAGGGAGAGGUGUGUUUGAGAAAGGAGAUUUCCUGCUGGAAUAUAGAGGGGACCUCAUAGAUAAAGAAGAAUGUGAACGGAGGCAAAGGAUAUAUCAUGAUGCACUUAAAGUUUACAUCUUUGAGUUUCGCUAUAAUGGAAAGCUUCUCUGCAUUGACGCAGCCCGGGAUGAUGGUAAACGAUGACCAUAUUAACCCAAACAGCAGGAUGAGAACUAUCUCUGUGGAUGGAAAACCUCACUCAAAGAGCAUCUGUCCUGGUGAAGAGAUAACUGCUUCUGACUGGCCAUGGCGA